AUCUUCAUAUCUUUAAUCAAAUCCCAAGAAAAUGCAGAUAUUCGUGAAGACGUUGACUGGUAAGACGAUUACGUUGGAGGUGGAGCCUAGUGAUACGAUCGAGAAUGUGAAGGCGAAGAUCCAAGACAAGGAAGGUAUUCCUCCAGACCAACAACGUUUGAUUUUUGCUGGUAAGCAGUUGGAAGAUGGUCGUACUCUGUCCGAUUACAACAUCCAGAAAGAGUCAACAUUGCAUCUGGUUCUCCGUCUGCGUGGUGGUAUGCAGAUCUUCGUGAAGACAUUGACUGGUAAGACGAUUACGUUGGAGGUGGAGCCUAGUGAUACGAUCGAGAAUGUGAAGGCGAAGAUCCAAGACAAGGAAGGUAUUCCUCCAGACCAACAACGUUUGAUUUUUGCUGGUAAGCAGUUGGAAGAUGGUCGUACUCUGUCCGAUUACAACAUCCAGAAAGAGUCAACAUUGCAUCUGGUUCUCCGUCUGCGUGGUGGUAUGCAGAUCUUCGUGAAGACAUUGACUGGUAAGACGAUUACGUUGGAGGUGGAGCCUAGUGAUACGAUCGAGAAUGUGAAGGCGAAGAUCCAAGACAAGGAAGGUAUUCCUCCAGACCAACAACGUUUGAUUUUUGCUGGUAAGCAGUUGGAAGAUGGUCGUACUCUGUCCGAUUACAACAUCCAGAAAGAGUCAACAUUGCAUCUGGUUCUCCGUCUGCGUGGUGGUAUGCAGAUCUUCGUGAAGACAUUGACUGGUAAGACGAUUACGUUGGAGGUGGAGCCUAGUGAUACGAUCGAGAAUGUGAAGGCGAAGAUCCAAGACAAGGAAGGUAUUCCUCCAGACCAACAACGUUUGAUUUUUGCUGGUAAGCAGUUGGAAGAUGGUCGUACUCUGUCCGAUUACAACAUCCAGAAAGAGUCAACAUUGCAUCUGGUUCUCCGUCUGCGUGGUGGUAUGCAGAUCUUCGUGAAGACAUUGACUGGUAAGACGAUUACGUUGGAGGUGGAGCCUAGUGAUACGAUCGAGAAUGUGAAGGCGAAGAUCCAAGACAAGGAAGGUAUUCCUCCAGACCAACAACGUUUGAUUUUUGCUGGUAAGCAGUUGGAAGAUGGUCGUACUCUGUCCGAUUACAACAUCCAGAAAGAGUCAACAUUGCAUCUGGUUCUCCGUCUGCGUGGUGGUAUGCAGAUCUUCGUGAAGACAUUGACUGGUAAGACGAUUACGUUGGAGGUGGAGCCUAGUGAUACGAUCGAGAAUGUGAAGGCGAAGAUCCAAGACAAGGAAGGUAUUCCUCCAGACCAACAACGUUUGAUUUUUGCUGGUAAGCAGUUGGAAGAUGGUCGUACUCUGUCCGAUUACAACAUCCAGAAAGAGUCAACAUUGCAUCUGGUUCUCCGUCUGCGUGGUGGUAUGCAGAUCUUCGUGAAGACAUUGACUGGUAAGACGAUUACGUUGGAGGUGGAGCCUAGUGAUACGAUCGAGAAUGUGAAGGCGAAGAUCCAAGACAAGGAAGGUAUUCCUCCAGACCAACAACGUUUGAUUUUUGCUGGUAAGCAGUUGGAAGAUGGUCGUACUCUGUCCGAUUACAACAUCCAGAAAGAGUCAACAUUGCAUCUGGUUCUCCGUCUGCGUGGUGGUAUGCAGAUCUUCGUGAAGACAUUGACUGGUAAGACGAUUACGUUGGAGGUGGAGCCUAGUGAUACGAUCGAGAAUGUGAAGGCGAAGAUCCAAGACAAGGAAGGUAUUCCUCCAGACCAACAACGUUUGAUUUUUGCUGGUAAGCAGUUGGAAGAUGGUCGUACUCUGUCCGAUUACAACAUCCAGAAAGAGUCAACAUUGCAUCUGGUUCUCCGUCUGCGUGGUGGUAUGCAGAUCUUCGUGAAGACAUUGACUGGUAAGACGAUUACGUUGGAGGUGGAGCCUAGUGAUACGAUCGAGAAUGUGAAGGCGAAGAUCCAAGACAAGGAAGGUAUUCCUCCAGACCAACAACGUUUGAUUUUUGCUGGUAAGCAGUUGGAAGAUGGUCGUACUCUGUCCGAUUACAACAUCCAGAAAGAGUCAACAUUGCAUCUGGUUCUCCGUCUGCGUGGUGGUAUGCAGAUCUUCGUGAAGACAUUGACUGGUAAGACGAUUACGUUGGAGGUGGAGCCUAGUGAUACGAUCGAGAAUGUGAAGGCGAAGAUCCAAGACAAGGAAGGUAUUCCUCCAGACCAACAACGUUUGAUUUUUGCUGGUAAGCAGUUGGAAGAUGGUCGUACUCUGUCCGAUUACAACAUCCAGAAAGAGUCAACAUUGCAUCUGGUUCUCCGUCUGCGUGGUGGUAUGCAGAUCUUCGUGAAGACAUUGACUGGUAAGACGAUUACGUUGGAGGUGGAGCCUAGUGAUACGAUCGAGAAUGUGAAGGCGAAGAUCCAAGACAAGGAAGGUAUUCCUCCAGACCAACAACGUUUGAUUUUUGCUGGUAAGCAGUUGGAAGAUGGUCGUACUCUGUCCGAUUACAACAUCCAGAAAGAGUCAACAUUGCAUCUGGUUCUCCGUCUGCGUGGUGGUAUGCAGAUCUUCGUGAAGACAUUGACUGGUAAGACGAUUACGUUGGAGGUGGAGCCUAGUGAUACGAUCGAGAAUGUGAAGGCGAAGAUCCAAGACAAGGAAGGUAUUCCUCCAGACCAACAACGUUUGAUUUUUGCUGGUAAGCAGUUGGAAGAUGGUCGUACUCUGUCCGAUUACAACAUCCAGAAAGAGUCAACAUUGCAUCUGGUUCUCCGUCUGCGUGGUGGUAUGCAGAUCUUCGUGAAGACAUUGACUGGUAAGACGAUUACGUUGGAGGUGGAGCCUAGUGAUACGAUCGAGAAUGUGAAGGCGAAGAUCCAAGACAAGGAAGGUAUUCCUCCAGACCAACAACGUUUGAUUUUUGCUGGUAAGCAGUUGGAAGAUGGUCGUACUCUGUCCGAUUACAACAUCCAGAAAGAGUCAACAUUGCAUCUGGUUCUCCGUCUGCGUGGUGGUAUGCAGAUCUUCGUGAAGACAUUGACUGGUAAGACGAUUACGUUGGAGGUGGAGCCUAGUGAUACGAUCGAGAAUGUGAAGGCGAAGAUCCAAGACAAGGAAGGUAUUCCUCCAGACCAACAACGUUUGAUUUUUGCUGGUAAGCAGUUGGAAGAUGGUCGUACUCUGUCCGAUUACAACAUCCAGAAAGAGUCAACAUUGCAUCUGGUUCUCCGUCUGCGUGGUGGUAUGCAGAUCUUCGUGAAGACAUUGACUGGUAAGACGAUUACGUUGGAGGUGGAGCCUAGUGAUACGAUCGAGAAUGUGAAGGCGAAGAUCCAAGACAAGGAAGGUAUUCCUCCAGACCAACAACGUUUGAUUUUUGCUGGUAAGCAGUUGGAAGAUGGUCGUACUCUGUCCGAUUACAACAUCCAGAAAGAGUCAACAUUGCAUCUGGUUCUCCGUCUGCGUGGUGGUAUGCAGAUCUUCGUGAAGACAUUGACUGGUAAGACGAUUACGUUGGAGGUGGAGCCUAGUGAUACGAUCGAGAAUGUGAAGGCGAAGAUCCAAGACAAGGAAGGUAUUCCUCCAGACCAACAACGUUUGAUUUUUGCUGGUAAGCAGUUGGAAGAUGGUCGUACUCUGUCCGAUUACAACAUCCAGAAAGAGUCAACAUUGCAUCUGGUUCUCCGUCUGCGUGGUGGUAUGCAGAUCUUCGUGAAGACAUUGACUGGUAAGACGAUUACGUUGGAGGUGGAGCCUAGUGAUACGAUCGAGAAUGUGAAGGCGAAGAUCCAAGACAAGGAAGGUAUUCCUCCAGACCAACAACGUUUGAUUUUUGCUGGUAAGCAGUUGGAAGAUGGUCGUACUCUGUCCGAUUACAACAUCCAGAAAGAGUCAACAUUGCAUCUGGUUCUCCGUCUGCGUGGUGGUAUGCAGAUCUUCGUGAAGACAUUGACUGGUAAGACGAUUACGUUGGAGGUGGAGCCUAGUGAUACGAUCGAGAAUGUGAAGGCGAAGAUCCAAGACAAGGAAGGUAUUCCUCCAGACCAACAACGUUUGAUUUUUGCUGGUAAGCAGUUGGAAGAUGGUCGUACUCUGUCCGAUUACAACAUCCAGAAAGAGUCAACAUUGCAUCUGGUUCUCCGUCUGCGUGGUGGUAUGCAGAUCUUCGUGAAGACAUUGACUGGUAAGACGAUUACGUUGGAGGUGGAGCCUAGUGAUACGAUCGAGAAUGUGAAGGCGAAGAUCCAAGACAAGGAAGGUAUUCCUCCAGACCAACAACGUUUGAUUUUUGCUGGUAAGCAGUUGGAAGAUGGUCGUACUCUGUCCGAUUACAACAUCCAGAAAGAGUCAACAUUGCAUCUGGUUCUCCGUCUGCGUGGUGGUAUGCAGAUCUUCGUGAAGACAUUGACUGGUAAGACGAUUACGUUGGAGGUGGAGCCUAGUGAUACGAUCGAGAAUGUGAAGGCGAAGAUCCAAGACAAGGAAGGUAUUCCUCCAGACCAACAACGUUUGAUUUUUGCUGGUAAGCAGUUGGAAGAUGGUCGUACUCUGUCCGAUUACAACAUCCAGAAAGAGUCAACAUUGCAUCUGGUUCUCCGUCUGCGUGGUGGUAUGCAGAUCUUCGUGAAGACAUUGACUGGUAAGACGAUUACGUUGGAGGUGGAGCCUAGUGAUACGAUCGAGAAUGUGAAGGCGAAGAUCCAAGACAAGGAAGGUAUUCCUCCAGACCAACAACGUUUGAUUUUUGCUGGUAAGCAGUUGGAAGAUGGUCGUACUCUGUCCGAUUACAACAUCCAGAAAGAGUCAACAUUGCAUCUGGUUCUCCGUCUGCGUGGUGGUAUGCAGAUCUUCGUGAAGACAUUGACUGGUAAGACGAUUACGUUGGAGGUGGAGCCUAGUGAUACGAUCGAGAAUGUGAAGGCGAAGAUCCAAGACAAGGAAGGUAUUCCUCCAGACCAACAACGUUUGAUUUUUGCUGGUAAGCAGUUGGAAGAUGGUCGUACUCUGUCCGAUUACAACAUCCAGAAAGAGUCAACAUUGCAUCUGGUUCUCCGUCUGCGUGGUGGUAUGCAGAUCUUCGUGAAGACAUUGACUGGUAAGACGAUUACGUUGGAGGUGGAGCCUAGUGAUACGAUCGAGAAUGUGAAGGCGAAGAUCCAAGACAAGGAAGGUAUUCCUCCAGACCAACAACGUUUGAUUUUUGCUGGUAAGCAGUUGGAAGAUGGUCGUACUCUGUCCGAUUACAACAUCCAGAAAGAGUCAACAUUGCAUCUGGUUCUUCGUCUUCGUGGUGGUUAAUAAUUUUCAUUGACUAUGCUAAUUUAAAUAUAUUUUAGUUUUAAUUUUAGUUCAAUCUGUAGUUUUCAUUUCGUAGUUUUUUCAUUGCGUUUUGAGUUCGUCAGGUAUUAGAGUGAUCUUGCUUCGUGCUUGGGUACGGUUUGCUUGUUGCAUAUGAUUUGGGUCGGCCUGUAUUCGCGUAAAUCUGGGUGUCCGUUUUUCUACAGGAUUUGCGGGUGGUUUGUAUAAUCGUGGUCGAACGCAGGCACUAUCCCAUAAUGGCAUCGGUGCUCUUCGUAUCGGUUAGUGUGAUACGCAAGGACGCGGUGGUGUGUUCACAAUUCACUAUCGUGGGACUGUUCUGGCACUAAUCGGUUAUGACAGUAUGUUACUUAUGCGUUGUUUGCAGGACAUGAGACAGUGUGAUGGCUGGUGACAAUAAUAAUAAGUUACUCUCUAAGUCCGUAUUUUAUUAUUAUGACAUGCGACAGUUCCGUAAGAGAUAUUUCAGCCAAAAGUGUGUAU